UCAACUGACGAAGUUGUUCGCACAAGGUCGAAUGAUCGGAAGUUGCGGGACGCGUCAACGUUUUGAUCCGCCGAAGGCCAUGCAACGGAUAACGAUUUCGUCAUUUCUGCACAGUCUGCUUUUCUUGAUGUUACGACGAUGUUUGCAGUUCACAGUUUCGAAAUUACGUCAUGUGUCUCAACCAUUCGCCACCUUCGUGAAAUCUCGAUCUGGCGCUCUCUAGGAUGUUGUCUACAAAGCGGCGGCCGCGUCAACUUCGUGGCACCCAUCGCGGGCAUCGGCGCGCGCAAAUGGCUUCCGUUUCCAGAAGAAAGCCUAGCAGAGACGCCUCAGGAAUUCAUGAAGCCAGAUCUGUCUGUUCUUGAUGUGAACGUGACAGGAGUGCUGUAUACAGUGGCUCUUGCUGUGCAGCAUUUCCGGCGACAGACACGCAAGGAGGACUGGCUGUUGGGUCGAAUCGGACUCGUCGCAAGCGUAUGAGGUCUGUACUGGGUACCUAGCCCCCCAGUAUACACUGCGGCAAAGCAUGCGCUGGUUGGAUUGACGCGCAGCUAUGGCAAGCUCUUGGUGAAC